GCGCUUGAUAGCCCAGUGGAUAUUUGGAAGACUUGUUACAUCGCUGCCAAUGAAAAUAACUUAAAUUGUGUACAUACUAGAGCAUACAUGUAUUAUCCGUGUGCAUUUUCUUCCAAACUGUUAAGUGAGUACGGAGUGUUUUAUGAAGAAGUAAUAAUAAAUCCUCUUCAUCUCCGGGCAGCGCGGAGUUUAUUAUUAAAUCCCACAAUGCACAGCGGCUAGUAGCUGUUUCCAUAGAGACGUGGACGGCGGCAGACAGAAAAUGCCGCCUGGUUGAAGAAAAGGCAUUAAAGAAACACUAGAGAUGUCUGCCGAAGAUCAGGAGCAGUUACAGGCUCUGCUCAAGCAGCUCCUGAGAAGCAUCAGCGACCGGCUCUCUGCCGCUCCUUCACCUCAAAGUGCUGAGGAGAUCCUUCUUCACCUGGAGGAGACCGACAGGAACUUCCACAACUAUGAGUUUGUCAAGUACCUGCGUCACGAUGUGGAGACUUCCUUGGGCAGCGUGGUGGACGAGGAGAUCAGGAAAUUGACCGGUAAAGAUGGACAACAUAUCGGUUCAGGUCAUGACACGUUGAUCCACUCAGUGACCAGUGGGAGCCGAGCGUCAGCACAGUACCAGCAGGUGACGCAGACUUUGAAAGCCACCGUGACUGCGGUGGUGGAGUCUUUAGUCAGCAGAUUUGAAGAGGACCAGCUGAGGAAGGAGGAGAUGCACCAAUGGGAGAGGCAGCACAACAACUAUGCUGAUGACUGCUCGGACAGCGAUUCCUCCUUCAACCAGAGUUAUGCCUUUAUUAGACAAGAGCAGCUGCAGGCUUUGGCGGAGAAACUGGAUGCAAGUCAACCUAAGGAGGUGCGCAGGGAAGCUCUGCGGGCACUUUCUUGUGCUCCUCCAUCUGACGUCCUGAGCUGUGAGAGCUGGGCCCACCUACGCCAGAACCUGUGUGCAGCUCUGAUCAAGCCCGAUACCGAUCUCAGUGAUCUCGUUCUUCAGUUCUUCGCAAGAAGCUUUUCCUCCUCGCCUCUGAAUGUCACCCGGGAAAUCUACACCAGCUUGGCUAAAAGCGUGGAGUCCAUUUUUCUGUCCCUCAAGUUGAGCUUGCCGAGCGUCCCCGCUGGCUUUGACAUCAACAGGCCUGAGAUCAGCUCACUCCUCAAACAGAUGCGGCUGAUGAACGACUUUCAAAAGGAGGUGACCGCUUUCUGGAUCCGCCAUCCGGAGAAGCACAUGGAGGAAAUCAUCGAGAGCACUUUUUCUCUUUUGUGUCUCCGUUGUGAACCAGGCUCACAGGCUCAGGAGACAGCCUUGGAGCCCAUUUACCUCCUGGCACUCCUGGAUGUUGAAGCCACUUGGUUCAAAAAGUGGAUGCAUGGCUCCUACAGCAGGACUGUAGUUCUCAGACUCCUGCAGAGCAAAUACAAGAGUUUGAUGGAGGCAUCUGUGCAGCAGUGCAUCCUCUACCUGGAAUCCAGCCAGCCUUCCACUCAUCUCCAGUCUGAGGAGGAGCAGCACAGUGCAGGCUCAGACCAGAGGAGCGUCUACACUGCGAAGGAGCUACAAUACGCCCUGGUUGUCCAUUCACUGUGCGUCUUGGGGAAAGUCCUGCUCUACUCUAACGGGAGGAAGCUCUUUCCCGUCACAGCGAGGUCACGCAAAGAACCAGUGAGCCUGACAGACCUGCUUGUCAUCGUCAUAAACAUCAUCUACCAACACCCGGAGCCUUUGUGCACUGAUACCUUACACACAGACUCGCUGUCGCCCAGCAGCCUGGUGAUGUCGACGCUGUGGAUGAUAUGCGAGCGGACCGAGUGUGCUGAUGAGUGCCUCCACCAGACGGCCGUCAUCGAGACGCUGCUGGCGCCCGUCAUCGCUCUGCUCGGCGGCAACCAGGCCAGAUUAAAGAGCCCUGAGUCCACACUGCCUCUCAUUGCUGACGUCCUGGCUCGUAUGGUGAACACAGACAGAGGACUAGCUCUCUUCCUGUAUGAGAGGAACCUGCUUGUCGCCUAUGGCGAAAGAACCUCUGCUGCUUACGUGGUGGUUCAGUUCACCCUGAAGCUGCUGGAUGAGGAGUUAUCGUCGCCGUGCGAAGCUGACGCACCACGUGCACUGUGCGGAGCUUUCAUCUUUGUGUGCAGGCAGAUGUACAACACCUGCGAGGGCCUGCAGGUCCUGCGUCCGUACGGCCUGCACAAGGCUGCAGCUGCAGCCUGGAGAAAGAUCAGCUCCUUGUCAGAAAGGGUUCUGACCCCGGUGCCUGGAAACAACCCUGAAACGUCCACCCAGGAAAUGCCGCACAUGCUCAUGUGGGAGGAGACGUUGUUGGACAGCCUGUUGAACUUUGCUGCCACACCCAAAGGCCUGCUACUGCUUCAGCAGACUGGAGCCAUGCAGGAGUGCAUCUCCUACAUGUUCUCCCGUCUUAACAAAAAGCUGCAGGUGAGCCGUUGUGAGAAGUUUGGCUACGGCGUCAUGGUGACGCAGGUGGCGGCAACAGCGGCAGGCGUGGCGGCUCUGCACCGAUCCGGCUUUGUGAGGGCCCUGGUGCUGGAGCUCUGGUCGGCUCUGGAGUGCAGCAGCGAGGAUGCCAGGGUGGUCUGCCCCAAGCCCACUCCCAUGGAUCCAAUCGACAGGACCUGCCUCAAGUCUUUCCUGUCCUUGGUCAACGUGCUCUCCUCCUCCCAAUCCGUGUGGCAGCUGCUGGAUGGACAGCCUUUAGCCAACAAGAUUGAAUACACACUGAGGGAGGUGCCAAGCUCUGUAGCAGAUGUGAUUGACAGGCUGAUUGCUGUGAAUUCCACCGCCAAGAUCCAUGCCCUCUUCCACUACGAGCAGUCGCACACAUUCGGCCUGAGGCUGCUCAGCGUGCUGUGCUCCAGUCUGGACUCCUUCCUGCUGCUGGAGAGCCAGUACGGCAUCUGCUCCAUGCUGCUUCAAAGCCAGCGGGAGAAUGUAGCCGACCAGGACGCCAGCGGCAGGAGCUGCAUCGUAGACAGUCUGUCCGUGGAGAGGAACCACGUGCUGGUUCGCGUCGCUCUGGUCGGAGGCCCGUCUGAGAGGAGACUUCCCCCUCGAGCCCUGCAGGAGGGAGAUGAUCCUUACCCAUGGCCCAUGUUCUCAUCCUUUCCUCCACCAUCCUGCUACACACUGGACCCACCAAACCCCCAACACAACCCACUGGAACCUGAGAUGAGCGCCUUCUUGACCACAAAGACGGACGAGAACUGGAUGGAGACUUGCCGCCGACUUUAUCGCAGAGUUCUGACCAGCGGGCAAAACGCCCUGAGUGGCGCAGUGCUGGCUGACCUCGUGGAGAAGGCUGUGGUCCAUCUGUCCAAAUCUUCCGCUGAGUGCGUCUUCUCUCCGCCUCGGCACAAAGAGAAAGCGGAGGAUGUUGAUGCCGUUGUCUUAUCGGCUGUGGAAAUCCUUGGGAUGGACAUCUGUUUGAGGUAUGGCGCCUCCCUCAAGCUCCUCCAAGAAGAUGCACACAGGGGCCUGACACUCCUCAUGAAGCACGUGAAGAUCUUCUUGUCCCAGCAGAGAGUUCAAACGUCCUCACAGCUGCUGGUUCAGCAUGAAGACUACCCAGGCCACGACUGGUUGACGUCCACAGUGUUCCUGAUAAUGGCCGGAGACUGGCUGCGAUGUUGGCCUGUGCUUGUCAAGCUGUCGUCUCUGCUCAGUUCUGCCCUCAUCUGGCCGGCCAGGUCACACGCCUCUGUAGACGUUGCUGUGCAAGCGGCCGAGUCGGGGAUCCCUCCUGUGUACUGGAGCACGGCUCACUACGUGGAGAUGCUCCUGAAAGCCGAACUCCCGCUGGUUCACUCUGCCUUCAGGAUGUCUGGUUUCACUCCAUCCCAGAUAUGCCUCCACUGGCUGACUCAGUGCUUUUGGAACUUUCUGGACUGGCCGGAAAUCUGCCACUACGUCUGCACCUGUGUGCUGCUGGGCCCCGACUACCAGGUCUACACCUGCCUGGCCCUCUUCAAACACCUGCAGCCCGACCUUCUGCAGCGCACACAGUCUCGUGAGCUGCAGGUCUUCCUCAAGGAGGAACCAAUCAAGGGCUUCAAGUUCUGCAACUACCUGGAGUUCAUGGAAGUUCUGGAGAGACGCUACAGGAGCAUUGUUCUCACCGACAUGAAAAGUAUUGGAAGCCCUGCUGACUGACUGUGGAGAGCAGAAUGCUAAUGCUAGAGCCCUUCGCUGGCAACUGCCAGUUGUGGGACAAGAAACAAGGAAAAACUUGAUCAAGAUCCGGAGUAGCAUUUGGCUGCUCAAAUCUGCUGUGUGCAAGACCUUCCAAAUCAGACCCCCGCUGGAGCCAGUUCAGUUCUAAGGACAAUUGAACAGAAUCUGUGAACAUGCGCUCAUAGUUUUCGAUUUUUGGAAGUGACACCGUCCGUUGUUGCAGGUUCUCAAAUCAUGUUUAGCCCGGAUGAUCAUGUCCAAUUAUUCCAGUACACAAAAACUAGGAACAGUAGGAGUGAAUUUGUGCCCCUCAAGGUCCAAUUUACAAUUAUGUACUUCAUAGGACCAGGGCCAAACUGGUGUCCAAAGCACAUUGAUACUUUUAUUCUGGUGCGUGCUGUCAAUCACUGUGACAACAAGCACGGUGUCCGAUUUGACUGACUUAGUGCGCUAUGCCUGACGGCAUUUGUCGAGAAUGCGCCCCCUUGUCAUCAUUGGACUCUGUACUUUUUCCACUAAAAGGAACAUGUACCGUGUUUUCCCGAGCUGUAAGAGCCAGGUAUCGAGCUGCAGCCACGUACUUGAUGGUUCCGUGGUUGCAGCAGCGUGUCGUGGGACACAUUAAUUCCAGGACAUGUUAGAGAGCGCCGCUUCGGAAUGAAAGAUGCAUGAGGACUGUUGCAUCACAGUCAUAAAGCCUCAUCAGUAACCACGCCGUCCCUCUGCCUCAUGUCGCUCAUCCCAAACACCGAUGGCCUGAAAUGAGCUCACAACAUUCCCUCCCCUCUCAUCAUCCCGGGUCAGAGCCGAGAAGGCGGGGCGGUUUACAGCAAGGGCUUCCUGCUGAGGGUGUUUGGUCACAGAACAUGACUCUAGUGAGCUCAUCCAGAAGACAACAAAACCUCCUGGGGACAACACGGGCCGUGUUUAACAUUGCCUGGCAGGUAAUGAUGAUUCUUCUUAAUCGUGACAUCACCAAAUAAAGUGUCCAGUCACAUGACUCGGACUUAUGUGGGGAUUCAUAUGUUAGGCUGUGAUUAACAAGCAUUUCAACUGAGUGACAUUAUCUAUUAGCAUUAUUAGCAAUUCCAAGGCUCAGUAAGCCGGUGGCCUCAUUAAUAUUAAUUUUCUCUGCCUGGUCGACGGCGGGUAUUGUGUGUCUGGUGUGACAGGAAUGCUAAUAGUCUGCCUCCCAUUGUGGGGACGUGUAGAGUUUGUUUGUCACAUUGACUGAAAUAUGAAUUAUUGCUGCUUUAACCGCAGCAGACAGACUGAGCAGUGCAUUUCUAACCAGCAUGCGACAAGCUAAACACGCAAACGUCAGGUGGAAAACAACACGAUCAUUAAAAAGUGGAUUGUCAGGCCGACUGGGGGUGGCCACUAAUGACUUUCCUAUUUUGCUUUAAGAAGGCAAAGAAACAAAAGCCAAAAAAGCCUGCUGUCACAAACAGUUGCAGAUAUGCAAAAUAUAAUAUAAGACGCCGUGUUUUACGCUAACAGUAAUGUAUGCAAGCCGUGAGCCUCCACGGAAAACAAAACACAGCACCGCUUUUGUUGCAGCAUUGCUUUACCUUGCAGUGACAAAACUGGCCAGCAGGCACCAAAACUCACAUCUACUAUACUUGUACACUCCUGAUCAAAAUCUUAAGACCAGUUGAAACAUUGCUAGAAUUUGCAUUUUGCACAUUUAGAUCUUAAUGAGGUUUUAAGUAGAGCUACAAUAUGCAAAAACAAGUGAGAAUGAGACAAAAAGCAUUUUGAAAAGUAAUUUAUUGAAACAACAAUUAAACUGAAAUAGGCUUUUCUCAGCUGAUCAAAAGGCUAUAAAAGCCAAAAUCUGCUCAAAAUGUUCAUUUUCUGUCAGGCAUUCACACUGUCAUGCCCUCCGGAUGGCUCAAGCUAAGAAGCUUUCUCUUUUUCAACGUGGUCGGAUUGUCGAGCUGUGUAAGCAAGGCGUCUUUGGCAGCGUGCCAUUGCUGCUGAGGUUGGGCGUAGUAAAUCAGUCAUUAUACAUUUUUUUAAAGAUCCUGAGCAUUAUGGAACAAAAAAGUCAAGUGGUAGACCCCCAAAAAAUUACACCUGCACGGAGCCGGAGGAUCCAAUAUGCUGUCCAUCAAGACACAGGGCGGUCUUCGACCCACAUUAAGGCCCUUAAUGGUGCCGUCUGCAGCGCAAUGACCAUCAGACGCCAUCUGCGAGAAAAGGGUUUAAAAAAAAAAAAAAAACUAAUUCAAAAACCUUGUCUCCUUCAAAGCCACAAAACUCUGUCUUCCUCACUAGGGUUGGACCCAGGUUCUGGUUCUGUUUCUGGUAACAACACUUGAAAGCAGGUUGCCUGCUGCCUUGAAAGGACAAAUGAAAUGAGUAUGUUUCAGUUUGUGUCUUUCGGCUGACAAGAGUUUGACUUGAAGAUCAUUACUGGGUCGUGUCGCUUUACUUUUGAGAGAGAAGAGCUGAGCUGGCGCGAGGGACUGCGAUAUGUGACGCAUACUAGACUUGUCUCUCAGCAUCACGCCGCCUUCUCAUCAGCGUUCCGAGUGUGGGAGAGAGAGCGGGACUUGAUUCUGUCAGUUCAAAAGCUUCCAGAGGCUUCCUCCAGGUCACCUCGUGAUGGUUCGGCUGACAAUGGCGCCCGUCGUCCCUCGCCGUUGUUACAGAGAGAACUUCUGUGGAGUUAGGCGACAUCUGACCCCCUUUUCCCGACACUUCAGCAGGCCUGACGCAGCACCAGCUGAUGCACACUGGGGGGACAGAUAACCUUUUUGAGACGAGAGGCUCUUUUAUACGAGAAGACAGUCUUGGAUUUGUCAGAGAGUUCAGUGACAGUGUCGCUGGGUGGUGUUCAAAAGGAAGGAAAAACACUCAAUUUCAAAUUUUGAUCUGCAUUUUUUUGUGUUUCCAUAGUCAUGAGUUGUGAAAAGCGGGGAAACCAUUCCACUUUUUGGCGGGUGCUCCACUCAGCUGGUAGAGCACUCAUCUCUCAACCCUCAGGUUGUGGGUUCGAGCCCCAGUCUCCGUGACCUUGCUGGACAAGCUAUCUUUGAGCAAGAUACUAAACCCCGGUAUCAAAGUUGUUGUUUUGGAGUCCCAACCGUAGUGGUAGCUACCGAAAAAGUAGAACAAUCUGUUUUUUUUCAUUGAUGGAAGUAAAAACAACCAGACGAUUUGGUGGACCAGUGGUUAGCGGUGGUUUCCUUACAGCAAGACGCUUUUAACCAAUCCCAACCUAGGACGAUUCUUUCGGUUUUCUCUGGAUGCUUUGUUUCCCUUGACCAGGUGCUGCACUCUGGAUCUGCUCCCUAAGUUUACCUUCUUUUGUGAUUUCACUGUAAGUUGGAGUCUCUGUCUUCUUUUCGGAAUAAAAAACCACAUGUCAAGAAAAAA